AUGCCAGACAAUAUUCUGGAACAGGCUCCGCCCACUUCUGAAGCAUCGUCCUCUUCUCAGAUGGCUUAUCAGAUGACUCCGCCCACUCAGAUGACUCCGCCCACUCAGAUGACUCCGCCCACUCGGAUGGCUCCGCCCACUUUCUACAGUAACGACCCGAAUUAUCCGAAUAUUCCAAUAAUGCCAAUUAGCGAUAGGUAUGAUGAGAGAAUUGAUGAGCCCACGAUUUACGUGUACCCGGAAAAUGGGGCGGAGCUUCAGGAGGAGCAGAACUACAGUAACCCACCAGAAACAUAUUAUGAUCUACACACCGCCGGAAAUAGUCAAAUCUUGCCGGUAGAUCAUAAAAACUACAGUACUCCUACCGUACUCUCAAUGGGCGGUCCGAUUAAUGGUGGUGGGGGUGUGUAUUGGCGUCAAGCAUAUGAUGAUGAUGAUAUUGGAGACAUGGGACACGAUUUGAAUUUUGAUGGAGAUCAAAUUGAGACGGUAGAUCACACGCCACGCCCACUCGAAGCUUCUGAGCCAAGAAAUUGGCAGCCAAAUUCGUCUCAACAAGCUGAAAAGCAAGAAAAUGUCUAUCAAAAUCAAUAUAAUGAUACAAACUACAUGGAUCAUCAGAAUAUGGAUUACGAUGUGCCAAUUGGAGAAGAGAAUAUCGAUCCGGUGGUAGAUCACAAGGUUAAGCCACGCCCACAAAAAGUUUCUAAACCAAGAAAUCGGAAGCCAAGAAGAAAAUCUACAGUACCAUCGACUUAUUACCACCAGGACUCGAAUCAGCCAAGUACUUCGGGGACAACCCCUUCAUACAGUAAUCCUGCAUACAGUAAUCCUUCUAAAUCCUCCGACUAUCUCGAUACGAGACGUCUCUGCAGUGAAAUUUCGUUCGAAUUGAAAAUGUGUGGAAUUUCUCAAUCGAAAUUCGCUAAACGGGUGUUAAAACGUACUCAGGGAACACUUUCGGACACUUUGAAGAAACCGAAACCAUGGGAAGAUCUCAAAGAAGUCGGAAAACAGAUAUACAUCCAAAUGGCAGAGUGGAUGAGUCUCCCGUUGGAUGAGAAAAUGGCCAAGGUGGAAGAAGAAGGGGCGGAGCUUGUCAAUGAGAAGACUGACUCCACCGAAAAAUCAUCCGAUGCCACUACUAAACCGAUCAAAAAGAGAUUCCAAUUCAGUCAACACCAAAAGGAGACAUUGGAGGCAAUUUUCAAACUUGAAAGACGUCCGGAUCAAAGAAUUAUGGCAGUCACUGCAGAGAAGUUGAAUUUGGAUUUCAUUCAAGUUCACACUUAUUUUAUGAAUGCAAGAAGACGCAGUCGGUUUGCUGAUAACCAGAGAGUCGAGGAGAUGGAGAUGGAGUAA